AUGUAUUCCUGGCAUGGAGCCUCCAGCCACGCGUCCACGCCAGCUCUCCCUCCCCUAGGCGGUCCGCGACUGGAUUCCGCCGCAUCGACUGCCUCCCAACAGCCGCAACAGCCCUCAUACCAGAUGCCCCAGCUACGAUGGCUGCCCUCAAUGAUAUCCCGCACGCCCAACGGCCCUCACGGCUUGCCCUUGUCGCCGAACCUGCGCAUGUCCGGCACUCCUGUUCCUGCAUCCACCGCACCGCACUCCGCCCCAUCCACCACCACCACAACAUCCACACACCACCCGCAAACACAUCCCGCCGUAGCCGUCGUCAUAGACGCGCACAACUCCCUCCCCAGCUCCUCCGCUAGUGACCAAUCCGACCACCCUGCCGCGCGCGACGCCCUCCCGGACACCGAGCACGCGUCCGCGUCCGCGUCCGCCCCCUCCAACAACACCACCAGCGACGCCGCCCCCACGAACCCGGAGGACGACGACGACCUCACAGCCAGCGGCCUCGCCGACCUCCCCGCCACCGCCGACGGCACCGCCGACAGCGACACCCCCCGCAAACACGGCAAACGCCUCACCACCAAAGAAGAAGUCUCCCUCUUCGAAAUCUGCAACCGCCACGCAGCCGACUUCGGCCAGCGCAGCAACCUCUGCAAGUGGUGGAUGACCGUGACCGAGGAGUUCACCCGCGACCAGGGCCACCCCUACUCGUGGCACUCGGUGCGCCGCCGCGUCGAGGCCAUGACCAAGCAGCGCAUCAAGUUCCUCGACGACCUGCGCGAAAAGGGCGGUGCUGACGCCGUCACCGCCGCUGACGACGCCGCGAACCCGCGCUGGCGCGCUGCUAUCGACGCGUGGAUCCCCACCUGGCAGCGCUGGGAGCAGGCCGAGGCGCAGCGGAUCGAGAAGAGGGACUCGCGACGGCCACGGAAGCGCAGGGCGUCUGAGUGGGAGGGCGGGAGUCCCGCUGUUUCUGUGCCGGGCGCGCCGGCGGCGCCGGCGUCGGGGCCUGCUCCUGCGACGGCCGGGUGGGAGACGCCUAGUGUGACUGGGACGCCGCGGAGUGCGUCCGUGUCGGUGCCGGCGCAGGUGCAGGCGUCGCAGCAGAGUGCGAUCCGGCUGCCGCCGGGGUUUGAGAAUAUGUUCUCGAAUCAACCGAGUGCGACGCCUGCGCCACCGGUGUUUGCGUCGCCGCCACCGCCGGCGCCGGCUACACCCGGCGCAAAGGAGAAUAAUAGUGUGAUGUCGGCGGUGCUGGAGACGCUGGGGAAGCUGAAUCGGCAUCUGGAUGCGGCGGGGUCCGAGCCCCGUUCGUCGCCGAUUGUCUCUUCCGUAGCGUCGAAUCCGCAGAAUGUGUGGUCUGGUGACACGCGCGCCGGGAAUGGCGACGAGGCGGCGAGUAGCGUGUUGUCGGCGGCGGUCGUCGACAGGCUCAAACAGGAGAUCCGGCAGGAGAUGCGCAAUGAGUGGCAGGCGGCCCUGGAGAAGGACCGCGCGGCGCUGGAGGAGAAGCUGGAUUCGGUGCAGAGGACGCAGGAGAUGAUCCUAGAGAUGCUGCGACAGGAGCCUGCAUGA